GCCUAUUAAUGUGUCAGUAUUUGCAGAAGAGAAAAAGGUUCACUAUUUUGGUGCCGCCUCAGUCCUCACAGCGGAACGAGCUGGCUUCAAGAUCGAGAAUGACAAAGGAACUGACUGACAACGAAACGCUUCCUCUAAUGGAGCUGGACUUGAAUGCCUUCAUUCACGCACACCUCUCCAGCGGCGACGGCGACGACGGCGACGACGACGAUGACCUAUCAUUCCCUCACCGUAGCAUCGACGAGAUUCUAAACGAAUCCAGUUCUUCCACCUCAUCCCCUCCCCAUUCUCCCCCUUCCCGCGGCCUUCGCAACAACGCCGCCGGGGACGGCGGGGUCUCCACGUCUCCUUCUAUAUCACCGUUCAAGUCUCCGUUCGAGGAAACAAUAAAGGAUCCUGAAACUCCAAGAAGCAACCAAUGGAACGAGAAGUCAGUUCAAUUGAAACCAGGUGCGGUCUCUCAUGCCAAGGUCGGUGAAUUAACGGACGACCCGUUUCGAAGGGGAUCUCGUCCAUUGCCAUCGUUGUUUGGAGGGGUUAGAUCGAAUGCGAAACCUGGGGCGGCGCUUGCCGCAGCUGCCGCGGCUUCUCGGUCCACGCCAGCCCCGCACGCUGCAGCAAUCAAGUCGAGGAGGGCAGGAUAUGGGAACAUGGUUCUCGACGAUGACGAGUUGGUUUCCUCUUCUGCUGUCGAGUCAGAGUUUUUCUCUGAUAGUUUAUAUCAUACUAACAUUCAUUCAGAGGACUCUGGCGAAAAGUCAAUUUCAAUGGUCGACAGGAUUGCUGAUUAUCAGGUUGCAUCUAUGAACGUCGGCGGUGAAUUGUGGGAAAGGGACAACAUCGGAGACGGUGUCCCAUAUAAUGACGAGUUUCUUAUAACUAGAGAUAUGGAAUGCGAAGCAGAACCGAGUUCUGUGGAUGAUGUGGAUUUCAACGAGAGCGCUACAACUCUACCGCGAGUGGGAGCCAACAAUAGAAGCCUGUCUGGUCCUGUUCAGAAAAAUGUUUGUUCGAUGGAGACACAUCCAACAGCAUUGGAUGUCGAUGAAUCAAAUGAAGGGGCUAUUCCGUGGUCUAUCGAACCUGACGAUGAGGGAAGUUCUGUGGGCUACGGGAGCCUGGAGUUGGAAACUCAAGAUUUCGAGAAAUGUCUUCAACCGUCAAAAGAUACGGAGGUGGAUCUUGCCAUUGAGGAUCCCAGUGAAGUGGACGAUAUCAUUGAAUUGGGGGAAACAACCGAGCAGUUGGACAACUUUCAAAUUGGUGAACGUCCAGAAAGGAUGCCCCUGUCCUCGACCAAUCCACUUGAAUUGGCCGAAGAAAUUGAAAAGAAGCAGGCUUUCACUGCACUGCAUUGGGAAGAAGGCGUUGCUGCCCAACCAAUGAGGCUUGAAGGUAUUAAGGGAGGCACAACAACAUUGGGGUACUUCGACAUUCAAGCCGACAAUAGUAUUUCAAGAACCAUUUCAUCACAUUCAUUCAAGCGUGAACAUGGUUUUUCCCAAGUCUUGGCUGUUCAUGCGAAUUAUAUUGCAGUUGGAAUGUCAAAAGGAAAUAUUGUUGUGGUGGCUAGUAAAUCCUCAGCUCAAAAUGGCGACAACAUGGAUGCGAAGAUGUUACUGCUUGGAUCACAAGGAGAUAAAUCAACUGCACCAGUAACAUCUCUAUGCUUUAAUCAGCAAGGGGACCUGCUUCUAGCUGGUUACAGUGAUGGUCAUAUUACAGUCUGGGAUGUGUUGAGGGCAUCAGCAGCGAAGGUUAUUUCCGGAGAACACACAUCACCAGUUGUUCAUUCAUUGUUCCUUGGGCAGGAGGCUCAGGUUACUCGACAAUUUAAAGCAGUUACCGGUGAUAGCAAGGGUCUGGUUUUGUUACAUACGUUCUCAGUGGUUCCUUUGCUAAAUAGAUUCUCCAAUAAAACUCAGUGUCUUCUUGAUGGGCAAAAAACGGGGACUGUUCUAUCAGCUUCAGCACUUCUUUUGAAUGAAUUCUGUGGAAGUUCUUUGCCACCAACUCUUUCAAAUGCCGCAGUUUCAACCAGCAGUAUUGGGAGCAUGAUGGGGGGUGUUGUUGGAGGAGAUUCAGGCUGGAAACUCUUCAAUGAAGGAUCAUCUUUUGUCGAAGAAGGAGUUGUCGUAUUUGCUACCCAUCAAACUGCUCUGGUGGUUAGGUUGAGUCCCACUGUGGAAGUGUAUGCUCAGCUCUCUAAGCCAGAUGGGAUUCGGGAAGGUUCUAUGCCUUACACUGCUUGGAAGUGCUCACAGUCUUUUGAAACUUCACCUUCUGAAGCAGUAGAAAGGGUUUCGUUGCUUGCAAUUGCCUGGGAUAAAAUGGUUCAGGUAGCAAAGUUGGUGAAAACAGAGCUUAAAGUAUGUGGCAAGUGGUCCCUUGAGAGUGCAGCCAUAGGUGUUGUCUGGUUAAACGACCAGGUUCUUGUCAUUCUCACAGUAACAGGACAACUCUUCUUAUUUGAGAAGGAUGGAACUAUGAUUCACCAGACAAGUAUAUUUGUAGAUGGCUUUGAUAAGGAAGAUUUCAUUGCAUAUCACACCCACUUUGUUAAUGUUUUGGGCAACCCUGAGAAGGCGUAUCACAAUUGUGUGGCUGUUAGAGGAGCUUCUAUAUAUGUAUUGGGACCUAUGCAUCUUGUUAUUUCCCGUCUCCUUCCAUGGAAGGAGCGGGUUCAGGUUCUAAGGAAAGCAGGGGACUGGAUGAGUGCCCUUAGCAUGGCAAUAACCAUUUAUGACGGCCAUGCUCAUGGUGUUAUUGAUCUCCCUAGGUCGUUGGAAUCUUUGCAGGAGUUGGUAAUGCCCUUUCUGAUCGAGUUGCUGUUAUCAUAUGUGGACGAAGUGUUUUCAUAUAUAUCAGUGGCCUUCUGUAACCAAAUUGAAAAGAAUGAAAAAUUGGAUGAUGUGAUGAGUGAAAGCCAUUAUGCACAUUCUGAAAUAAAAGAGCAAUACAAUCGUGUUGGUGGAGUUGCAGUGGAGUUUUGUGUCCACAUCACUAGGACUGAUAUUCUCUUUGAUGAAAUUUUCUCCAAAUUUGUGGGUGUUCAACAGAGAGAUACAUUUUUGGAGCUUCUAGAACCAUAUAUUUUAAAGGACAUGCUUGGAUCGCUGCCUCCGGAGAUUAUGCAAGCUUUGGUAGAGCAUUAUAGCCACAAAGGAUGGUUGCAGCGUGUAGAACAGUGUGUGCUUCACAUGGAUAUUUCUUCCUUAGAUUUUAAUCAGGUUGUUAGGUUAUGCCGGGAUCAUGGAUUGUAUAGUGCAUUGGUAUAUCUUUUCAACAAAGGAUUAGAUGAUUUUAGGACACCUUUAGAGGAGCUGUUGGCAGUGCUACGAACCAGUAAGAGCAAACGUGCUUCCUCCCUUGGGUAUAAGACACUUGUUUAUUUGAAGUAUUGUUUUUCAGGACUUGCUUUUCCACCAGGCCAAGGAACUCUUGCUCAUUCACGCGUGCAAUCUCUUAGAGAUGAACUGCUACAGUUUUUGUUGGAGAAUUCUGAUCCAGUGGAUACAAGAUCAAUUUCAAAUAAAUCAUCUGAAGUUGGAUAUUUAAAUUUGUAUCAUCUCUUAGAGUUAGAUACUGGAGCCACUUUAGAUGUUUUGAGAUGUGCUUUUGUUGAAGACGAAGUCCUCAAGACCAAUUCUUCUCCAGAUGGUUCAGUUGAUGCACGUAUGCAGCUACGAGAAGAAAAGAACUCAAUUUCUGGAAGAAAGAACUUUCUAAUUCAAAAUGUAGUGGAUGGUCUUAUUCAUGUUCUCGAUAAGGCUAUCUGUGAAACAGAUGGGUCCCAAGCUGGCGAUAAUAUCACAUUGGUUAACAACUGGCCUUCAAAGAAGGACUUAAUUCAUUUGUUCGACUUUGUUGCCACUUACGUUGCGUGUGGAAAGGCUACUGCCUCUAAAGAUGUGGUUGGUCAGAUUUUGGAACACCUGAUAUCCAAAAGCGAUAUUGCAGAAACGACGUCUGAUUGUCUGCCUCAUGUUACUGCAAAUAGUGUACAUUCAAGAAAAAGGGAAAAACAAGUACUUUCCCUAUUAGAGGUGGUUCCAGAGACCCACUGGAAUCCGUCUUCUGUGUUGAGGAUGUGUGAGAAAGCACAAUUUUUCCAGGUUUGUGGCCUAAUUCAUAGCAUCAGACGUCAGUAUUCAUCAGCUUUGGAUGGCUACAUGAAAGAUUUAGACGAACCCAUUCAUGCCUUUGUCUUUAUCAACAGAGCAUUACUGGAGCUCAGCAAUUCUGAACGAACUGAAUUUCGGGCAGUGGUCAUUUCUCAAAUUCCAGAGCUUUUUAACUUAAACAGAGAGGCAACAUUCUUCUUGGUCAUCGAUCAUUUCAACAAUGAGGUUUCAGACAUCCUCUCGCAGCUUCAUAAUCAUCCAAGAAGUCUAUUUCUGUACUUGAAAACUCUCAUUGAGGUUCACCUAUCUGGAAGCCUGGACUUUUCUUGCUUAAAGAAAGAUGGUAAUUUUGGGGUCAACUAUUCAACUAAAGGACUGGAUGAUUACUUGCAAAAGCUCUCCGAUUUCCCUAAAUAUCUGUCUAACAAUCCUGUUGAUGUGACUGAUGAUAUAAUUGAGCUUUAUGUGAAGCUACUUUGUCAGUAUGAACGUGAAUCAGUUCUCAAGUUUUUGGAGACUUUUGAUAGCUACCAUGUGGAGCAUUGUUUGCGCCUCUGCCAACAAUAUGAGGUUAUUGAUGCUGCAGCAUUCUUGUUGGAGAGGGUUGGUGAUGUUGGUAGUGCUCUUUUCUUAACACUUUCUAGCCUUGACAAAAAAUUUCAUGACCUAGAGGCUGCGGUGGGAGGUAUUGUUACAAAUGGUGCUUCAAGUGGUUCUAAUGAUUCACAACAUUUCAGCUCUGUUUUGAAAUUGCAAGAGGUGAAAGCUGUAGAGGUUUUGUUGCAUGCUUGUAUUGGACUGUGCCAGCGAAAUACUCCCCGUUUGAACUCCGAGGAGUCUGAGACACUUUGGUUCAAAUUACUUGACUCGUUUUGUGAGCCUUUAAUUGAUUCUUAUAAUUAUAGAACUGCUUCUUUUGAAGAAAAUCAAGUUCAAUUCUUGAACGAGUCAUCAGCUUCACAAAAGGCUAAAGAGGCACACAUAGUUACAUGGAGAAUUUUGAAGUCUAAUGAAGCUGCCCAUAUAUUGAGGAGAUUAUUCUCUCAAUUUAUCAGAGAGAUAGUUGAGGGGAUGACGGGAUAUGUUCAUCUUCCAACUAUCAUGUCCCGACUUCUAUAUGACAACGGAAGUCAAGAAUUUGGCGAUUUUAAACUUACCAUACUUGGGAUGCUUGGGACUUUUGGCUUUGAAAGAAGAAUCCUGGAUACUGCCAAAACUUUGAUAGAGGAUGACACAUUCUAUACCAUGAGUUUAUUGAAGAAGGGGGCGUCUCACGGAUAUGCUCCCCAGAGUGUUGUCUGUUGCAUAUGCAAUCGUCUUCUUAUCAAAAGCUCAUCAAGUUACAGAGUACGAGUUUUUAACUGUGGUCAUGCAACUCAUCUUCAAUGUGAAGAUCCUGACAAUGAGGCAUCGGGCGGUGACUUCAUAUGCCCAAUUUGUGUCCAUAGCAAUCAAUCUCAACGGUCUAGAAGCAAAGCACCGAGCGAGUAUGGUCUAGUGAAUAAAUUCUCAUCAAGAACUCAAUCAUCAUCGGGAGCUUCUGUUUCAUAUCCACAAGAAACAGAUUUAUUGGAGCUCCCAUAUACUCUUCAGCAAAUACCACGGUUUGAGAUACUGACUAACUUACAGAAAAACCAAAGAGUAAUCGACAUAGAAAAUGUGCCUCAACUGAGGCUUGCACCACCAACCGUCUACCAUGACAAGGUCACAAAAGGAUAUCAUCUCUUAGUAGGAGAAAGCAGCAGUGGAAAAGAAAAAGUAGAAAGACUAAAUAAGAGCAGGCAACUCACGGAGGUUAAAGUAAAGAGACCGUCCUCCCUACGAUUCCCUUUAAAAGCAAGUCUAUUCGGAAAAGAGAAGACGACCAAUUCUUGACAGAGUAUGGAGCAACUAUUUAGUUAUAAACCCAUGUGAGAUAGAGGUGUUUUUUAUUAGCUAUAACACGGCCCUCUCCCUCUCAAAUUUCAGAAGGGAAGAAUGACACUUUGUAGCUGUAAAUACAAAUACGAAGGUAGGUAGUUAACCUAUUUGUUAGAGUAAAUGGUAUGAGCUAUCAAUUGAAUUCAGCCAGCAUACCGAUACAGAGAUACGUCCACAAAGGGCGCAACCCAGUUCAAUUCCCAACCGACUAUAUAAUUGAGUGUUUAGAAGAUGAAACUGAUGUUCCUGUUGUUUUGAUCAAGUUCCUUCUAUUUUGGUCUCUAGAAUAUGGUUGUAAACAAUGUUGAUUAUGAUUCUAGUUAUCGUUGACAAGUUUUGGAACUGAAA